AUGCUUAGGGCCAAAUUUAAUCCUUUUGCUACGCGUCCAAAGGAUUAUAAUCGUAUAACAGAAAAGAAUUCGACAGCCAUAGAGGAAUACACCGAUUAUCUUAAGGAAUUUUUCAAUUCAAAUGCUAUGAAAUCACAUAUCAGCAAAUUGAUGGAUUUUCCUAGCGAAAUGUUGCCGAAAAAUUUUGAUGCUCGUUUACAUUGGCCGAAUUGUUCAUCUAUAAGUAAUGUUCCGAAUCAAGGAUCGUGUGGAUCGUGCUAUGCAGUAGCUGCAGCUGGUGUAGCGUCUGAUCGUGCAUGCAUUAGCUCGAAUGGUGGCUUGCAGAUAUUGUUCAGCGAAGAAGAUAUCCUGGGUUGCUGUGAAAUAUGUGGAAAUUGCUAUGGUGGUGAUCCACUUAAGGCGAUGGUCUAUUGGGUUCGUAACGGGUUUACUACUGGUGGCCGUGAUGGCUGUCGGCCGUAUUCAUUUGCUCUUGACUGUGGUACGCCAUGUUCACCAGCAGUAUAUCCAAUAAGUGAAGAAAAACGACGGUGCGAAAGGAAGUGUCAGAAUAACUAUUAUCAUAAUAAUUAUAAUGAUGACAAACAUUAUGCAUCACUGGCUUAUUCGAUGUAUCCACGAACCAUGAGUUUGGACACUGAAGGUAAAAACCGUUUUCGCGUACCUACAAUUAUUGGCUUCAUCAACGAGACAUCGGCUAAACCACUCAGUAGCGAUGAGAUAUGCCAUAUCAUUAUGAAAGAGCUUUAUUUGUUCGGUCCGACAACUAUGGCUUUUCCCGUAACUGAGGAAUUCCUUCUUUAUUCACAAGGAAUUUUUUCCCCGUAUCCUCAAGAAAAUCUUAAAGAAAGAAUCAUUUAUUGGCAUGUGGUUCGUCUUAUUGGUUGGGGACGAGAUGAAAACAACAAUCAUCACUGGCUGGCCAUUAAUAGUUUUGGAAAAUACUGGGGAGACUAUGGAUCGUUCCGCAUCGACACAACUUUACUCGAAGCUUUUGGCCUCGAAUACGAAACAGGCUUACCUUAG